CUUGCCGCUGCCGUUCGAAAUAAGAAACAUAAAAAUAAAAAAAGAUCCUAUUUCGCGCGCGUCGGAUUGAGUGGCCUUCGCUGCCAUUUCCAUGCGCCAGGAGCGGCCUGUUCAACCAACGCGCCACCUUGGUGGCCUUUGCUGCCGCCAGACCACCUCUAAUGGAGGAAAUUGUGUUGCCCACCAUUUCUUGUGGUUAAGAGAUAGAGUGCUCUCAGGGCCUUUUGGGAUCCACCAAGCAUGUUUUGGGGUCAUGGGUUCAGAUUUUUGGUUUCAGCCCAAUACAUUUUUGACAGAAGAAGAUCAAUAAUUGUUUCUCUUGAUCAAAUCUCAACACAACUGGAUGAAAACUCUGAGGAUGAGAAGAAAACAAAGCUUGGGUCUUUUAAGAAGGCAGCCAACAUGAUUACAAACUCCUUCAAUAAGGGUCGAAGGAAUAGCAAGGUAAUGUCUUUCCCUAUGGAGGAUGACAUUGAUGCAGAGGAGCUAAAGGCAGCUCAGGAACUCCGGCAAGCACUUAUCUCGGAAGAACUACUGCCCUCAAAACAUGAUGAUACUCAUAUGAUGCUAAGAUUUCUAAGGGCCCGGAAAUUUGACCUUGAGAAAACAAAGCAAAUGUGGUCUGACAUGCUACAGUGGAGGCAGGAAUUUGGUGCUGACACUAUUAUGGAGGACUUUGAGUUCAAGGAAGUUGAUGAAGUCUUGAAAUACUAUCCACAAGGGCAUCAUGGAGUUGAUAAGGAUGGACGACCGGUCUACAUGGAGAGACUUGGUCAAGUUGAUUCUAACAAACUGAUGCAAGUGACGUCAAUGGAACGUUAUGUGAAGUACCACAUACGGGAGUUUGAGAGGACCUUUAUAUGUAAAUUCCCUGCCUGUUCCAUUGCAGCAAAGAAGCACAUUGAUCAGAGCACCACUAUUCUGGAUGUACAAGGAGUGGGGCUUACAAGCUUAAAUAAAUCUGCAAGGGAACUUAUCCAGCGCCUUCAGAAGGUUGAUGGUGACAAUUAUCCUGAGACCCUGAACCGUAUGUUCAUCAUCAAUGCUGGUUCUGGAUUUAGGCUCUUAUGGAACACUGUCAAAUCUUUCCUUGAUCCCAAGACCACUGCAAAAAUUAACGUUCUUGGAAAUCAAUACCAGAGCAAGUUGCUUGAAAUAAUUGAGGCUAGCGAGCUGCCAGAGUUUUUGGGUGGUACUUGUACUUGUGCUGAUAAGGGUGGCUGUAUGAUAUCUGAUAAGGGCCCAUGGAACGAUCCAGAAAUAAUGAAGAUAGUUCAGAGUUAUCGUGAGGCCAAAAGCACAAGCAACACUCAAUCAGGUGAUAUGGAGGAGAAAGAAGAGAAAGAAGAGAAAGAGGAGAAAGAGGAGAAAAAGGAGAAAGAGGAGAAAGAGGAGAAAGAGGAGAAAGAGGAGAAGACAAUCUCUGAACCAGAGAAGACACUCUCUAACAAGGAGAAGAUAAUCUCUGAAGAUGAUCAGGCUUGCACAAAUAGAAUGGAUUCUUUCUGCUCAGACACCUUUUUAGAGGCUGAAAUGCAUGUGGAUCAUCUCUCCUCUGUGCCUGAAGAUCUUUUAACUCCCAGAAUAUGUAAUAGCCCAUAUUUUGAGGCAAUGGUUGACAAGGGAACUGAGAAAGAGGCCGAAAAGCUGAACGCUGCUCUCAACCGACUCAGUGCCUUAGAACAAGAGUUGUCCUCAACCAAGCAGGUUGAGACUCAAAAGGAGGAAAAGCUGAAGGCUGCUCUUGACCGCGUCAAUGCUUUGGAACAAGAGCUGUCAGAAGCCAAGAAAGCACUUGAUGAAGCCCGCCAUAAACAGGAGGAGCUUCUAGCCUCGGUUGACAAGGAAAAGAAGUUUAGUUUAUUCUGUUGGUGAGGGGGAUCAACGUAAGCAUUUAUCUCGUGUGGUUGAUUUAGUAGUGCAAGUUUGCAUGGUUCUCAUGAGGGAAGAAGUGGAAAUGUCUGCCUAUCUGUGUUGGGCUAUUUGGGAUGACAGGAAUUCUACCUUGCAUUAUUCAUGUUAUAACAGCAGGCAUUGUUGUUGUGCGAGGAGUUCCAAAUUAGCAACCGAAAACCAUCCUCCAAUAUGCAAAGUACUCCUCACAAAAGUAAGAGCCUCCUCCUGGGUUGUUUUAUAAGAUCCAAUGUAUAUAACUAAGGGAAGACAAAACAUGCACCUAGGGGUUGGAAUAACUAUUAGAGAUGCGGGACGUGAUGUUGGCAGCUAUUGAAAAACCGCUACAGAGGUACUUUUCACACAAAAAAAACUAUAGAACUACAGGGCUAUUUGGAAGGAAUACAAUACAAUUUGCAAAAGAUAUUGCAGGGUUUGGCUCAGGAAUUGUAUGUGAUAUGGAUGAGGGAGAACAUAUGGAUGAAGGGUCCUAUGUGGCUAUUUCCGUGCCUUGCAAGUAAUGCAUCUGCAAUUGUAAUAUCUUCAUAUAAAGAGAAUUUUCAGUUUUGAGAUUAAAAGAAAAAUAGUAAUUAGGCUCUAGUCCACAGUUUCAACUCUUCGUUUGUAAACAAAAAACAAAAAAAAAUUUGUAUCAAAUACUUAAUUAGAUGCGGUUCUUACUUUUUCCUUUUUAA